ACAACCAAGUCUGCGAAAUCGCUUUCGAGCGAAUUAUUCGGCGACGACUCCGACGGACCGUGCCCCGAGCCAGUCCCGAAAGCGUCGCCGCUGUGGUCGUCCCUGGCCCGCAGAGUCGCUGAUGGCGUGACGCGCCAGGUCGAGCUGGUCGAAGAGGGGGAGAUCUUCUUCGAUGUCAAGGUGUUUAACACCUGCGACAUCAUCGACCUGGAUCCUCGUCAGCGGGCUGAAAAGUGGACUGCACAGUUGCGCUUGAGGGUGAAGCCCAACGAUCCGCUCUGGGUGCAAUUAAAAAAAAUUGCAAGGGACGCAAAGCGGCGGUUCCACAAGGACCCAAUAUUUUAUAAGAACAAAUAGUGAGUUUAAGUGAUUUUUUUAAUCUUUAGAAGUAGGUGUUUAUUUUAGUUUUAAGAUAAUUAAUUUGUAAGUUUUUAAUUAUACUUUUAUUCAACUUAUAAUAUUUUUGUGUCUUAAUUACUUGUCUUUAUCCAAUUUGUCACUCUUUCAACAUGGGUAAAACUAUUUACUGUUCAAUUUGUGAAGAGUCUGUUAAAAGUAAAGCCUUCCCAGGUCACUUGCGUAGCACUAAACAUAAAAAUAACUGUGCAGUACAGUUUGAUACAGGCAUUGAAAAAAUCAGUUCAGCAUUUCGGAACCGCAUAGCUUCUUAUCGUAUACGCGCAGAGCGCGAGCGUCAAGCGGAUGAUGAUAGCGCUGUAGCUGCUACUUGCCCAAGGCAGUUCUUGCUUAGCAUUGCUUCAAAGUUGAAAAGACUUAUUGACUCUGCGUUAGCUAAUCAUGUUAACGUGAAAAUAAACUUUGAACUAUUUGUUAAAGUAAUUCUACCUAAAGAUGAUUCCAUGGAAAUAAAGUCAUUUGCAACAGAAAAUAUUGCCAUACAUCAAAACUAUAUUUUUAAUGAUUUCUUGGAGAUUGUUUCUGAAAUUCUUUGUAAAAAGAUAGAUGAAUUCCAGGAAAAGGGAAGUGGGUAUUCGCCUUUAAAAGGGUCAUGCUAUAUUAAAUUGCCAAAAACGAUUAGUUCGAAACGGGCAUGUGUAAACAUCAAAAAUAAUGAUGAAUAUUGUUUCGCAUGGACUGUAAUGGCUGCGUUGUACCCAGCAAAAAAGAAUGGUUUUCGAGUGUCUUCGUAUCCUCACUUCAGUACUAUAUUAAAUUUAAGUAAUAUGUCCUUCCCUGUUUCAUUUAAAGACAUAAAGAUAUUUGAAAAGAAUAACGAAAAUAUCAGUGUUAAUGUCUAUGGUUUGGAUAGUAAAAACAAUAUUACGGGCCCAUUAUACAAAACCAAACUAAGAAAAAAGUACCACGUUAACAUGCUUUUGUUGCAAGAUGGUUGUAAAUCGCAUUAUUGUCACAUAAAGGAUCUUCCUAAAUUGAUAAGAAAGCAAGUUACUAAACAUCAUGGGAAGAUUUACUUUUGCGAUGAUUGCUUGCUAUUUUUUAAAUCAAAUUUACAAUAUGAGAAGCAUGAGUGUGGAGGGGUCACGACUGUUCUUCCAGAUAAAGGGUCUGUAGUUCAGUUUAAAAAUUUUCAAUGUAAACAAUUCAUACCUUUUGUAAUAUACGCUGAUUUCGAAACGUUGCUCCAACCAUGCAACGAAACUCAAGGGCAUCACACAACGAAUACACAACGACAUAUUCCAGCUGCGUUUGCAUAUUACAUUGUCUGUAAUUAUGAUAGUAGCCUUAAUCGUUUAGUAAGUUAUCGUGGCCCUGAUUGUGCAUCAAAGUUUGUUGAUUAUUUACAGAGGGACAUAAAAAAAGUUUUCAGCAUCAUUAAAUCGGCUUCCGAGGAUCCUGUGCCUAUUAUUUUUGACGGUGACGAUUUAUACAAAUUUGACAGCGCGGAGUAUUGUUACUUAUGUUCAAAUUUGUUAAUUGGUGAUAAAGUGAGAGAUCACUGUCACUUCACAGGUACCUAUAGAGGCGCCGCUCACUCGUUUUGUAAUCUUAAGUUUCAAAUCCCAAAAUUCGUUCCAAUUUUUUUUCACAAUUUGUCAGGCUAUGACUGCCAUUUGUUCAUUCGGGAGCUAAGCCGUAUUCCCGGGUCCAUCAAAGUAAUUCCAAAAAGUAAGGAAAAUUACAUCUCCUUUACUAAGUUUAUUCCUCUUUCAGACGAUACUUUUGUUGCAGCAAGAUUUGUUGAUACAUUUAAAUUUAUGGGCACCAGUUUAGAACAGUUGGCUAAUAAUCUUAACCAUGCUGACUUCACACAUUUACAUAAAAUUUGUCUAAAUGAACAUCAAUUUGCAUUAUUGCGUAGAAAAGGUAUUUAUCCUUAUGAAUAUAUGUCUAACUGGACUGUUUAUGAUGAAACGAGCUUNGAAAACUUAACAUGUUAG